AUGGAAUGGUCACCGCAAUGUGCACAAGAUGCCUACCUUGAUACGCUUAGAUUGUGUAAUGAACACAGACAACAUUGUAAUUCAACAACAGAGCCAGAUAGUAAAGAGUUCAUAUCAGCAUUAGCGGCUGGCAUGAAUGCUAAGCUAAUAGUGGAGGUGACCUCGGAGGUUUCAACAUCAACCAUAGCUUUAGCAGCAGCUGCCCGACAAACAGGAGGCAAACUAGUUUGCAUACUUCCCGAGCCAAGGCUAGACGAGUCCCAAAAAGCAAUCCAUCACUCGGGCUUAGACGAUUUGGUUGAGUUCAGAACCGAAGACCCCGAAACACUAUUGCCGAGCUACGAGAACAUCGAUUUCUCUCUUGUGGAUUGCAAAGCCGAUAACUACAAUAACCUAUUGAAGAUGUUGGAUGUUAAUCCUACAAGAUCAGUUGUUGUGGCGGAUAAUUUGAUAGAAGGUAGACACGGAUUGGAAGGGCAUGUGAAGGGUUCAAAGGAGAACAAGGUGAUGGUUAGGUCAACAACACAUCCGAUAGGACAAGGGAUGGAGGUUACAAUGAUCGGAAAAGGAAACGAGACGACGAGUAGUCAUGCUAGGAGGAGGGAGAGAAAGACUGAUCUUGGUGGAAAAAGAAACUUGAAGAGCAAAUGGAUUGUAAGGGUUGAUGAGAAAAAUGGGGAGGAACAUAUUUUUAGGAUGCCCCAAUCACCACUUCCUCAUACUGUUGUUCACGAUGCUUCUGCUUCUUCUUCUCAAAGUCUUGAUAUAGUGCCUUAG